AUGUUGCAACUCUUGAGAUCACCUAGGCCUAGAGAUAGGCGUAGAUUAGUCACCCCUUUUGUGAUCGAAUUGGGUGUCAGGCCGAGGGAUCUAGGAGGAGUUAAUGACUUAGCCCAAUAUCUAGCCCAAGAGUAUCUAAGAAUUGCAAAGUUGUCGGCCCAAACUAAUAAUAAGCAACCAAUUUUAAGCCCAUCUUCUUCAUUCGAGCAACUCUCUCUCCUCCAAAGAAACGGUCGCAGCUCUCGUGCAACGGCGUCCAUAAUCCUCGGCCUUUCCCCAAAUUCCGGCCACACUGGAUUUAGAGCAUCAGCCGCUUCUCCCAUUUUAUGCCCCUUGAAUUCUCCUCCGGAUUUCAGAAAUCGCCUAGCGAAUUCGAGAGACAACCAUUUCUGGCUACGAGGAGUCCGUGCGCGCCGACGACCUCCGAGACCUUUGAGCUCCGACCUCCGAUCUCUAGACGGACAACUAGCUUCUAUCUCGAGCCGUGAUUCCCGAGCUCCUCCGCGACCUGAGUCCAAUUUCCCGGCGAGAGCAGCCGAAUCGGCCCAACGACGAGAUUCCCGGCGACGCGAUCGGCGGAUCUAUUCCCGACGUCGAGCCGCGAUCCAACCUCCGAUCUCUAGCCCGACUGAGCCUCGAUCCCUUCAAACUCUGACCUCCGGCCAUCCAAAGGCAAGAGCACCAAGCCUCAGCGACGGGAUUUCCAGCGAGAGCAGCACCAGUCCGGCGAGUUCCAGGCGUCAGAGAUUGUGCAAUCGAAAGCGGGAAAACGCCGGCGAAGAGCUUCAGUUCCCGACGGCUGAAGAGACCAAGGACGACUGUCGAAGGCUGACCCUUAGCGAAGAUUCGAGCAGCCCUGCCGGCGAACGAGUGCACCCAGCCGUUCGCCAUAGCCUUGUAGACCCGAGCUUUUUCCGGCAACGAGUAGCAGCCGCUCGAGGCUCUUAUCGAGCAACCGACGGUUUCAAUUCUGAGCAGCAGCAGCCCUUUUGGGUCCCGGGCGAGAACAGAAGCGGGUCGAUCCUUUGCCGAGAGCCCCGAACAGCCUGUUUUCCCACGUCCGGUUACCGGGCAGCAACCCGGGGCUUGUCAACCGUCUCCAGGGGAUGUCCGUCGAGCGAAUCGAGCCCUCUUUUCAGGAUUGAGAGCAUCAGCCGCAUCUCCCAUUUUAAGCCCCUUGAAUUCUCCUCCGGAUUUCACAACCAUUUCUGGCUACGAGGAGUCCGUGCGCGCCGACGACCUCCGAGACCUUUGAGCUCCGACCUCCGAUCUCUAGACGGACAACUAGCUUCUAUCUCGAGCCGUGAUUCCCGAGCUCCUCCGCGACCUGAGUCUAAUUUCCCGGCGAGAGCAGCCGAAUCUGCCCAACGACGAGAUUCCCGGCGACGCGAUCCGCGGCGGAUCUAUUCCCGACGUCGAGCCGCGAUCCAACCUCCGAUCUCUAGCCCGACUGAGCCUCGAUCCCUUCAAACUCUGACCUCCGGCCAUCCAACGGCAAGAGCACCAAGCCUCAGCGACGGGAUUUCCAGCGAGAGCAGCACCAGUCCGGCGAGUUCCAGGCGUCAGAGAUUGUGCAAUCGAAAGCGGAAAAACGCCGGCGAAGAGCUUCAGUUCCCGACGGCUGAAGAGACCAAGCGCGACUGUCGAAGGCUGACCCUUAGCGAAGAUUCGAGCAGCCCUGCCGGCGAACGAGUGCACCCAGCCGUUCGCCAUAGCCGUGUAGACCCGAGCUUUUUCCGGCAACGAGCAGCAGCCGCUCGAGGCUCUUAUCGAGCAACCGACGGUUUCAAUUCUGAGCAGCAGCAGACCUUUUGGGUCCCGGGCGAGAACAGAAGCGGGUCGAUCCUUUGCCGAGAGCCCCGAACAGCCUGUUUUCCCACGUCCGGUUACUGGACAGCAACCCGGGGCUUGUCGACCGUCUCCAGGGGAUGUCCGUCGAGCGAUUCGAGCCCUCUUUUCAGUAGAGUAUAUAAGAACAGUAAAGAAGUAGCAUUCUUAUUGAGACUAGAACUAAUAGGGAAGAAAAUCGAUUUAUGGAUGGAAUCAAAAAGGAGAAGGAGUAGGAAAGAAAUAAGGAGGAGAAGGAGUAGGAAAGAAAUAAGGAAGAGAAGGAGUAGGAAAGCUUUAUUCGUAUCAAACCAAUAA